AUGUUGAAAAGUAUCAAUGACUCAAACAGCUACCUAGGUAGCGUCUCUCUGAGAAACGGCCAUAAGAACUCCGAAAAGAAACGAAACGAGAGACACCGGAUUUCGAAUAGGACUGGAGUUAUGGCUACUGGUGAGGAGGGCACAAGGGAUAAGAAUCAAUUAUUAUGGAGCAAUAUUCAAGAAAGGUCUUUCCAGCUGGUAGCAGAAGUACUUUGUAGCAUUCUUAAUUGGUUUUCGACCCAUAUCACCAAAAUGAAGCUCUAA